AUGUCGUUCUACGACAACGACCAUUCCUGGUCGGCACCGGGACGCCAGCCAUCAUGGGAGCAGCAACCGCCGCCGUCACGCUCAGGUACCGGUUCCGCAGCGUCUCAGCAAGGCGAGCCGAAUGCUUUCGCUUCGCAAUUUGAGGAGAUUGACAGGGCGACCGACAACUUGAUGCGAAGUGGGAAGUGGUUUCCGGGCCAAAUGCCAGGUGUGCCGAUGCCACCAAUGCCUGGGCGAAGAGACAGCAUGCCAUCCGGGGGCCGGGGCUUUGAAGGGUUUACUAGCGGUGACCCUAGGAUGGGUGGGAGUCCGAGACACUCAGCCAGCGAAUACGAAGGCGGCCGUCCUGGCUCGGCUGGACUGCAGGGCUACUACGCCGGGCAGCGGUUUCCCGGCGGACGGCAGAGCGAAGCGGAGCAGAUGCUGCAGGCCAAGCGCCGAAUGGCCGCUCAGAGAGAGCGUGAGCUGCGCAACUAUCACCAAGAGCAGCAAUAUAACCGAACAUCGGUAUCAGGCGUGAAGACCGAUCGGUCCAUGAGCCCCAACACCAUGAGCGAGGAAGACCGUCGCGAGCUCAUCGCUCGCCAGCACCGCGCGCUAUACGGCGACAGUUCGUCAAUCUACCCUUCGGAGGGAGGCAGUGCAUCCCGACCGCAAAGUCAAGAUGUGCGUGAUCCCGGUGCCGGCGGGCGUGGCCCUUCUCCCCUUGCCUUUGACCCAUACGGCGUGCAAGCGCAAGCUGGUGCUGAAGGUGCUGUACAGAUGCCUCCUCGCGACCGGCCCGAGAGCGCCGCGUCUCCAGCGUCUGGUGGCCAGUCUGCGCAGCAGUCGUUUGGACUGUUGAGCCAAUCGCAGCAGAAUCAUCGCGCAUCCAGUUCUUCGCCGGGUGGCUCGCCGCCGCUGGUCGAAGGGCAGAAGGGUGCGAACGCUGGUGUUGCGCCCAUCGGCACAAGACCAUCGCAGCCUCCUACUGCCGCCGGAGGUCUCAACAAGCGUGCAACCACGCCGCUCACGCCAUCGUCACUGAGCUACGGCUACACAAGUCAGGACGCACAAAAUACCAAAGACGAGCGCUCGACCUCUGCUGCUUCGAACCCGCCACUGGCGGAUAAGGGUGUCAGUGGGCUUGGAAGCUGGGGAGGCAAUAGCUGGGGCGCCGGAAAGAGUACUCUGGCCAUUCAGCCAUCCUCCGCUCCACGGCCUUCAAACCCUGUCGACUCUCCUGCAUCGACCGGGGCCACGACCGCACGUCCUACUUCGCCAAAACCACCGGGAGGUCCAGCGACCGCGCUGAGGAGGAGAGCAGCAGCAGAUAGGGCAGACAAGGUCGCGAAUGCAAGACCGGCAAGCACACGAGCGGCAGGUGCUGGUGGCAGUAGCAGCACGAUGCUGAGGCUGUAUACUGACGAAUCACCUGGUUUGAAAGUUGACCCAUUUGUGGUGAUGGUGUUGUCUUUAGGCUUCAUCAUCAGUGUGGUGGCGUUGCACAUCAUUGCGAAGCUCACGAAACGGUUCUCGUCAUAG